CUGGACGGCUCUGAGCGCAGGGGCUUCGGCGCGCCGUUCCCGUUGGGCUUCUCCAUACUCAUGAACAUACAAAGGUCAACCCCUAUCGCGAUAGCACGAUAUGGGAGACCGCGGAAUAAAACCCAGGAUUUUGAAGAGCUCUCCUCCAUACGCUCCAUCGAGCCGAGCCAGAGUUUUAGCCCGAAUCUAGGCUCCCCGAGCCCGCCGGAGACUCCGAACUUGUCGCAUUGCGUUUCUUGCAUCGGGAAGUACUUAUUGUUGGAGCCUCUCGAGGGAGACCACGUUUUCCGAGCCGUACAUCUGCACAGCGGCGAGGAGCUCGUCUGCAAGGUGUUCGAUAUUGGCUGCUACCAGGAGUUACUAGCACCAUGUUUUUGUCUGCCUGCACAUAAAAAUAUCAACCAAAUUACUGAAAUAAUUCUUGGGGAGACAAAAGCGUAUGUAUUCUUUGAAAGGAGCUAUGGGGACAUGCAUUCGUUUGUUCGUACCUGCAAGAAGCUCAAGGAGGAGGAGGCAGCCAAGCUCUUCUAUCAAAUAGCUUCUGCUGUUGCACACUGCCAUGACGGUGGACUGGUACUGCGAGAUCUCAAGCUGCGAAAGUUCAUUUUCAAGGACGAAGAAAGGUAA